AUGGAGCUCGCUGCUUCACACGCACAGUGCCAGUCACUGGGGAAACGACAAGCCGUCUCAAACGCCAAGCUUCGAGAAUCACUCCAGAAUCUUGCCAUCUCUCAAGAUGAAGCGCAGAGCCUGCGAACUCAAAUGCAAGCGUUACAGAAAGAGAUGCUUGCCCAACUAUCCAAAGUCGAAGUCAUUUCUGAUGAGACAUUUGCUCGGGACUUCCACAUUCUUGCUUCCCUUGUAAAAUCACUCAGCCUCUCAGUUCAGUCAGCACAAGACGUAGAUGUUGUGGAGGUUUUGGAUCCCAUACUGCCCCUGAAUCAUGUUGCAAAGCACCACUGGGAUACCCGCGCACGCAAGAAGGAUUAUAUUGAGGCAUGGAUAUGGUCUUUCCUUAUCAUGAUGGUUUUCGAACACCCUUUCAGUUUCUGGGGAAGCUCCAGAGCUCUCUAUGAUAACUGGAAGCUUACCUUCGGUGAGAGUGUUGAGAACGACUGGCCAGAGCCUACCCCAAAAUCUGAGAACUGGCGACGCACCACAACGGAGGAAUUGGUUGGACGGAUUGGGCGUGAAACCGUAACUUCAGGGCAAAUCCAUGGGGGUCGUCAUCGACAUGACAAACAUGCUCAGAAGAUGCAAACUUCGGUGCUCAAGACACGAGAACGAGUCGCCAAUACUAUCAGUGCGCAUCUCACAAUAAUUGAACCAAAUUGCGAGCUUUCGCAUAUUUCGGACAUUGUUGACCGGGCAUUUGCAUUGGCUCUGGACAUAUCCAUUCAGCCUUCCCGCAUCCAAUUUACUUGGCCAGAAGUUGGAGACGAUUUUGAAGUAGACCAUAUGUCUCCGAUUCCCGAUCGCAAUGGUCAAGACAUCGAUGGAGGUGUUGUUGCAUUCAUUGUCAACCCUGGACUCACUCGAUGGGGCGAUGCCCGCGGGCAGAAUUUCGAGAAAUGCCACGAGAUUGUGCCAUCUCUGGUGCAGCUUGAACCGGUGCAGGCCCAGCGAAGAAGUCUUCGUAGUUGUGUCAAAAUCAAGCAGGAGAGGGGAUAUGCUUAG